AUGAUAACCCAUAAACUCUUUGCACCUCUUGAAUUCACUUUCUCCUCCUCAGAAAUAUCCACACCUUCAUCCUCACAAACAUCAAGAGAGUCUCCAACAAAUAUCAGCCAUCUACUCUUUGUCAUCGUUGGUAGUACAAAGACUUGGAGGCAUAGAAGAGGCUACAUAGAGCCAUGGUGGAGACCAAACAUCACAAGAGGACAUGUCUUUCUAGAAAAACCACCUGGUCGUGACCUCUUGCCUUGGCCUCAACAAUCUCCUCCUUUCAUUGUUAACAAAGACUCAUCCAUCACAAACGCAAAGUUCAAGACUCAGAUCCGCCUUUUUCAAUCACUCCAUGAGUCGUUUAACAAGGCCAACAAAGACACAAUUAGAUGGUUUGUGAUAGCUGAUGAUGAUACUCUCUUCUUCUUGGACAACUUAGUCAAAGCUUUGGAGCUGUAUGACCACAAGAAACACUAUUACAUAGGGAUGAACUCAGAAAACGUCUGGUCUAACUCGAUUUUCUCGUUUGACAUGGGAUAUGGAGGUGGAGGAUAUGCAUUGAGCUAUCCAACGGUGGAGACACUUCUCAACAAAAUGGAAGAUUGUAUUGCAAGGUACCUUGGAGUUUAUAGCGAUCUUCUCUCAUUUCGUUGCUUGGCUGACUUGGGAAUUGAUCUUACUAUGAACAAAGGCAUCCACCAGAUUGAUCUGCACGGUGACAUAUCAGGUCUCUUAUCAGCUCAUCCUCAGUCACCACUUAUCAGUCUCCACCAUUUCGAUGUCAUAAACCCUAUAUUCCCUGCCAUGAACCGGCAGGAAUCAGUAAACCACCUCAUGAAAACCGCGAAAACCGACCAGACCCGUAUCCUCCAACAGACAAUAUGUUACCAAAGAGGAAACAACUGGUCAGUAUCUGUAUCUUGGGGCUACUCAGUCCAUGUUUACCAAUCUAUAUUACCAAGAAACUACCUGAAACGCCCUCUUGAAACGUUCCGGCCGUGGAAGAAUGUUAGAAUACCUUUGUAUACAUUUAACACGAGACGGGUGACGAAUGAUCCGUGUGAGAUGCCUCGUCAGUUUUUCUUUGACUCUGUUGUAGAGGACAAGAACCAAAGCUUGGUGACUACUAUGUAUAAGGUGAAAACGCUAGGUAGUUUACCUCCUUGCUUGCCAAAUGUCAAUCAAUCUGCUGGUAACAAUUCACAAGUUCGGGUCAUUGCUACUACUAUGCAUAAGAUGAGUGAAGGAAUCGAGUGCUGUGAUGUGGACAAGGUUAGCAGUUCAGACACUUUGGAAGUGAAGAUAAGAGCUUGUCACAAAGAUGAAGUUCUUGCUUAG